CUUCAUGGCCUGAACUUCAAAAAGCACUUUGUUUGCUGGGACGUUUUCAGUUUGCAGCUGAAAGAUGUUCCAGUUCAUACGGAAACAGAUUCACAAUCACCUUGUGGAGCGGAAAAUUAGGAGAACUCGUUUUGUUACCAAGGACGGCCACUGCAACAUUAAAUUUGGGACUGCUGAAUAUCACAACCAUUUUGCUUUCCUUAUGGACUUCUGGACUACAUUUGUUGAGAUUCACUGGUGUUUUGUAAUUGUUUUAUUUGCCGCUGCCUUCACGGGAAGCUGGUUCAUUUUUGGUUUGCUCUGGUAUUCUCUUGCAAAAAAUAACGGCGACUUAGAAGUUCUACAGAACUCAGCUGAAUCCCAGCGGAUGAAGUGUAUAGAGAACAUUAACAGUCUCACGACCGCCUUCUUGUACUCUUUAGAGACCCAGACGACUAUUGGCUAUGGCGGUCGGGCUCUCACGGGUCACUGCCCGGGCACAGUCGCCCUGUUGAUCAUCCAGUCCCUCAUGGGCGCCAUCAUAAACUGCUUUAUGUGUGGACUCAUUUUAGCAAAGAUCUCUCUCCCGAAGAGAAGAGCAAAGACUGUAACCUUCAGUGAAACAGCAGUCAUUUGUCUUUGGAAGGGGAAUCUGUGCCUCCAGAUACGAGUGGCCAACCUACGAAAAACUCUUCUUAUUGGCAGCCACAUUUAUGGAAAGCUUCUCCGGACCACCAUCACGCCAGAGGGGGAGACCAUCAUACUGGAUCAGGUGAAUAUUGACUUUUUGGUGGAUGCUGGGAAGGACAACCUGUUCUUUGUUUGUCCACUUACCCUGUACCACGUGAUCGACACAUCCAGUCCGUUUUCUGAAAUGGCUGCAGACACUCUUCAGCAGCAAGACUUUGAGUUGGUGGUCUUCCUGGAUGGGACGGCUGAAUCCACCAGCUUGUCCUGCCAAGUACGAACUUCCUACCUUCCGCGGGAGAUCAAGUGGGGUUACAGCUUCCUGCCAGUCAUCUCUCGCACCAAAGGUGGGAAAUACCGUGUCGACUUGUCCAACUUUUCCAAAACGGAGCCUGCGGUGACCCCGCACUGCGCUUACUGUUUCCACAACGAACAUAACAAGGAGUUCAUUCUCCACCAACAUGUACGUGAAGGCAUUGAUAAUCUGGGAUUUGAUGUUAUUGACCUCCAAGACUCUGUUGAUGUAACAGAAGGGUGAUUAAACAGUUUGCUGCAGCAGCAACUGUGGUGGCAUUUUGUACUGUGAAAGUUAGAAGCCACAUAAAAGUGGAGAGGGGAAGAGGGGAUUCGCUAUAGUUAUGUUCCCUGACAGACACAUUGGCUGUGUUCCAAAACCUAGUGAGCUGCCUGUGUAGACAGACUUAAGGCAUCAUAAAGUAUGUGCUUCUGACACAAAACCUGUUCCAAAAGGUAGCAAUUGUGAAAACAAUUGACCUUGUUUUGAUCAAAUUGUAAUAUCUAUUGAAAAGAAGACAACCUUCUCAGUGGAAAAAUCCAUCCAAGAUAGUGGAUGAAGU